UGCCCUCCCGGCUUUAUUGCCUUUUUGUUUACACAGCACAUGCCAAAAUUUAAUUCCAUUUCAAUCAGUGGAUACCACAUGCAGGAGGCAGGAGCUGAUGCCAUAUUGGAAUUAGCUUAUACUAUAGCUGAUGGAUUGGAGUACUGCAGAACUGGAAUCCAAGCUGGCCUGACCAUUGAUGAAUUUGCACCAAGACUGUCUUUCUUCUGGGGAAUUGGUAUGAACUUCUACAUGGAAAUAGCUAAGCUAAGAGCUGGGCGACGGCUUUGGGCACAAUUAAUAGAGAAAAUGUUUCAGCCCAAGGACCCAAAAUCUCUUCUUCUAAGAGCUCAUUGUCAGACCUCAGGAUGGUCCCUUACUGAGCAGGAUCCCUACAACAAUGUUAUCCGUACUGCAGUAGAAGCAAUGGCAGCAGUGUUUGGAGGUACUCAGUCUUUGCAUACAAAUUCAUUUGAUGAAGCCUUGGGUUUGCCUACAGUGAAAAGUGCUCGCAUUGCUCGGAAUACCCAGAUUAUUAUACAGGAGGAGUCUGGCAUUCCUAAAGUGGCAGAUCCAUGGGGGGGUUCCUACUUGAUGGAAUCCCUUACCAAUGAUGUCUGUGAGGCCGCUUUAAAGCUUAUUAAUGAGUUUGAAGAAAUGGGUGGAAUGGCCAAAGCUGUAGCUGAGGGAAUUCCCAAACUCCGGAUUGAAGAAUGUGCUGCCCGAAGACAAGCCAGGAUCGAUUCUGGUUCUGAAGUAAUUGUUGGAGUAAACAAGUACCAGUUAGAAAAAGAAGAGACGGUUGAAGUUUUGGCUAUUGAUAACAGUUCCGUCCGAACCAAGCAGAUUGAGAAGCUUGAAAAGGUAAAAGCUAGCAGAAAUGAAGCAGCAGCCCAGCAGUGUCUCACUGCUCUAACAGAAUGUGCUGCCACAGGUCAAGGCAACCUAUUGGCACUGGCAGUGGAAGCAGCACGUGCAAGAUGUACAGUUGGAGAAAUAACCGAGGCAAUGAAGAAGGUGUUUGGGGAGCACAGAGCCAGUGACCGAAUGGUGAGCGGAGCUUACCGCCAGGAGUUUGGGGAGAGCGAUGAAAUUCUUCAUGCCAUCAAUAGAGUAAACAAGUUCAUGGAGCGUGAAGGGCGCAGACCUCGUCUUCUUGUUGCCAAGAUGGGUCAAGAUGGCCAUGAUAGAGGAGCUAAGGUUAUCGCUACAGGAUUUGCAGACAUUGGCUUUGAUGUGGACAUAGGCCCACUCUUCCAGACACCCCGUGAAGUGGCCCAGCAGGCUGUAGAUGCUGAUGUGCAUUGUGUGGGUGUGAGCACAUUAGCUGCAGGUCAUAAAACUCUUGUUCCUGAGCUCAUCAAAGAGCUGAACACACUUGGCCGUCCUGACAUUCUUGUCAUGUGUGGAGGUGUCAUCCCCCCUCAGGAUUAUGAUUUCCUCUAUGACUCUGGUGUCUCCAGUGUAUUUGGUCCUGGGACUCGGAUUCCAAAGGCAGCCGAACAGGUGCUUGACGAUAUUGAAAAGUGCCUGGAUAAGAGGCAGCAAUCUAUGUAACACUUAAACGUCAUACCACAAAAUCAGCCGUAUAAUAACCACGUACAGAACACGAUCAGUCAUCAGCUAGGAAGAGCCAGCCACGUAGCUUUGGUUACAAUGCUUGGUGCCUUGUGUGCUUUCUAAGAAAGCUGUAAUUUUUCAGUCAUGUUCUAUCUGUGAGGAAUAUUUCACCUGACUAUGUAUAUAAAAAUUAUCUCUAAAAGUACAAGGGAGUUCAGUAAAAUUUAUUCAGAUUGUUUCAUGAAUUUAGUUAAAUAAAAUAUCCAUUCUAAUA